AUGGCUACUACACAAAGUAGCUCACGUGUUGUGGAGUCAGACCUGCUCGAAGGCAAGCGAAUUUUCCACGAUGCCACCCAGAACGUCUCAAACAGCUUUCUCGAAGACAAAGAUUCGGUUCAUUGCGCAUGCGCUCGGGAAUCUCCGAUUUACAUCAUAGCUGGAGGAAAUCUCGGUAUGAGUUCGGGCCAGGGUUCGGUUAAAGAUUUACUGUCUACUCGCCGGCGAAGCACAACAAUAUUUCGGGUGAAACUGCUUAUUUCAAAAUGGACACCGAAGCCGCGUGUUGGGUACUGUUGCGUUUUUGUUGGCGUGGAUAUUUCCACGUAA